GUAUUCAGACAUUUAAACUGGCGUUUAUCCGUUGAGCAGCUUUACCUAGUCGGAGAAGAGUGGAGUAUUUUGCUGAAGCGUUUAUAACACAAUAUUGUGAUUUUUUCGGAUAGUUUUAUUGUGCAUCGAAAGAACAACUUUUUGGAAUUGUGAUUGAUCACAACUUCAGUAACAAUGGCCCACUUUGGCUUUGAAAACGACAUCCACAACGUCCUAAGACUGGACAUGCCGAUUACAAACGGGCCGAUGGCGAGGUGGCAGAGGAAAGCCAGCACAUCCAACUCCACAAACCCAAACUCUCUUUCACCCAACAAAAGUGUAAACCGAUCAGUAAGCCUUUCAAAAACACCCAGCAAAACGCCAGGAAAAAACAGCAAGACCCAAAACACCCCUACAGCAGGGGGAGACCGUUUCAUCCCCACAAGAAAUAACAAACAGAUGGAUGUGGCGAGCUUUCUUGUUUCAAAAGAAAACGAGCCGGUUGAAGAGGCUGCAUCGUUAGCACCAAAUCAAAAAGCCUGGUCUUUGGCACUAAAUGGGUAUGACAUUGAGGAAGCAAAAAUCUUACAUUUAGGAGGCAAACCACUAAAUGCCCCUGAGGGUUAUCAGCAUAACUUGAAGGUUCUCUAUAGCCAAGUACCCACACCGGCCUCAGUCAAGAAAAGCAGAUACAUUUCUUCAGUUCCAGAGCGGAUUCUAGAUGCUCCUGAUAUCAGAAAUGAUUUCUAUCUAAACCUGAUGGAUUGGGGAAGGCAAAACCUGUUGGCCGUUGGCCUUGCCAACCAUGUGUAUUUGUGGAACGCUGCUGUGGGAGACAUCAUUUUAUUGAAGAAAAUGGAGGAGGAAAACAAUUUCAUCUGCUCGGUCUCUUGGAGCAAAGAAGGCAAUUUCCUGGCUGUUGGGACUAGUGAUUGUAAAGUAGAGUUAUGGGAUGUGCAAUGCCAAAAACGUCUUCGCAGCAUGGACGGCCAUUCAGCAAGGGUUGGAUGCUUGAGUUGGAAUGAUCACAUUUUGUCUAGUGGCUCCCGGUCUGGUUUGAUUCAUCAGCAUGAUGUUCGGGUAGCAGACCAUCACAUAUACACAUACGGGGGGCACAGUCAGGAAGUCUGUGGCCUUACUUGGUCCCCUGAUGGAAAAUAUUUAGCUAGUGGUGGCAAUGACAAUACUGUGUUUAUUUGGCCAAUGACAACUGGCUCAGAGCAUCAAGCUGUCCAUGCGUUAAAUGAACACCAAGGAGCAGUCAAGGCUUUGGCAUGGUGUCCGUGGCAACCUAACCUCCUUGCAUCUGGUGGAGGUACAAGUGAUCGCCAUAUUCGCAUCUGGAAUGUCAAUAGUGGCUCUUGUAUCAGUUCUUUGGAUACAUCCUCACAGAUAUCAUCUCUGGUGUUUUCACCAAAUUACAAAGAGCUGGUGUCGGGCCAUGGUUUUGCUCAUGAAAAGGUUAUCAUCUGGAAGUACCCCUCCCUUACUAAAGUUGCUGAACUUGUAGGACAUGAAGACCGAAUUUUGAACUUGGCACUCAGUCCAGACGGUUCUACGGUGGCUUCUAUAGCUGCUGAUGAAACCAUUCGACUCUGGAAGAGUUUUGAAAAGGAUCCGGUCAAAAAACCCAAACCUACAAGCAGUAUCAUUCAGCAAUCCAUUCGAUGAAUAUUAAAUGCCUGUUUUAAAGCAAAUGUGAAGUAGAGAAGUCUUAAUGUUUGAUAACUCCCUGGGAGUUAAUCCUUUUGCUUUCAAAGGGCUGUGAAAUUCUAUGUACAACCACAGAGGAACUCCAUUUAGUUGUUAGGUGAAAACCAUACCCUUAAUUCGGUUUUAACAGCAGCAAGUGUGUUGAGAUUUUAUCUUUUUCUGUGCAUGGUUGUAAAUUGAAUUUCUAGAAAACUCUACUUUGAUAGCUAAACUCCUAAAGUAUGUUUUUAGUGAUUUGUGUUUUGUUCCUUAUCGAGACUUCACUAUUUAAUCCUAUAAGUGAUUAAGUUAUGUACAAAAAUGUAAAUUUCAAAUAAAGUUUUUGUAAAGGA